AUGGCAGCCGUCAGCCAGAGGUACACCAUGCGUCCUGUCAUCCCCGCCGACCGGAGCGACUCCUGCGGUCGUGUGACCAUCAACAACAUUCCCCAGGGUGUUACGGAGGCCAAGCUGAAGGCCAACCUCUCUCACCACGGUGACGUCAAGAUCCACAUGUUCGUUCCGGGAUGCGAAUACAGCGCCGGGUGGGCGUGGGUCAGCUUUGGCAACCGUGACGGAGUUGUCAGCGUCCUCCAGACCGCAUACGAGAAGAGCCACGCGCGCGAAAAGCUGGAGUCUAUCGAAAAGGCUGAGAAGCCAGUGGAAGAGUCGGACAAGGAGAACGCCGCCACCAGCGAGGGCGAAGGAAACAGCAGCUACAUCUCUUCGGAUUGCUCAGAGGACGAGGCGGGCAACCACUAA